GGAGCCAUGUCCAAGAUGCCGGCCAAGAAGAAGAGCUGCUUCCAGAUCACGAGUGUCACCACGGCGCAGGUGGCCAGCAGCAUCACUGAGGACACCGAGAGCCUGGAUGACCCCGACGAGUCGCGCACCGAGGACGUGUCCUCCGAGGUCUUCGACGUGUCCCGUGCCAGUGACUACCUCCCCGAGGAGGCCUGCGAGCGCAGCUCCUCCGAGGAGACGCUCAACAAUGUGGGCGAGGCCGAGACGCCCGGCAGCGUCUCCCCCAACCUGCUGCUGGACGGGCAGCUGGCGGCCGUGGUGCCCGCCCCGCUGCAGGCCCCCAACGGGGGGGCCGUGACCAAGAGCUCCACCGUGGGCGCCGGUGCUGGCCCGGCCCAGCCCGCCCUGCCCGCCGCAGGGGCCGGCGCCGCGGCCCAGACGGCGGCCGCUGCCUGCAGCUCACGCUUCAGGGUGAUCAAGCUGGACCACGGCAGCGGGGAGCCUUACAGGAGAGGGCGAUGGACGUGUGUGGAGUACUAUGACCGGGACUCGGAUGGCGGCGCGGUCCUGGGCAGGACUGGGGACUGCAUUAGACACAGCAGCACCUUUGAGCAGGCUUCCCAAGACAGGGACAGUGGCCUUGGCGCCACGGGAGGCUCUGUCGUGGUGUCGGCCAUGCCGGCGUCGGUGCAUGGCCCCGAUUCUAUAGCUGACAGUUCACUUGCUGCUGUGUCGCAGCUGCUGCAGGGAGAGAAAAUGAACCAGCCCUCUCUACAGCAACCUAGUUUUGUCAUUGGGCAACAACAACAGCCACAACAGCCCCUAGGCGGGGCCAUGCCUCAAAGUGCUGCUCAGCCUCUGUUUUCCACGACUCCGGUAGCAAAUCAGCAAAUGAUGGUGCCGCCGCAGUCACAGCCGCAGGUGAAUGCGCAGAGCGUGGGGCCGGCUGGGCCCAACGGGAAGAGCGUGGCACCGCUGGGCACAGCCAUUGGCCAGCCCAGCCUGCCCACAGCCCCGCAGCAGGUGCAGCAAGGAGCCGCUCCCGUGACUCAGCCUCAGCAAUUUGCUUAUUCUCAGCCCCAAAUUCCACCAGUGCAUCUACUGCCGACGCAGCCUUCUGGUCAGACUGAGUACAUGCAGCACGUGACGAUUAUGCAGCCUCCAGGAGCAAUUCAACAAGCUGCUGCAGGCUCCAUCCCAAGUACUGUGGCCCCCAGCCUCUCUGUGGGCCAGGUGACGGGGCAGAAUCCCUCGCCUGUGGGAGCCCCCAUGAUGGGGGUGUCGGCACACACCGGCGAAGCCGUGGGGCAGGGAUCAGGGGUGAUGCAGGGCGGCCAGGCGCAGCCCAGCCCGGCCGCCCUUGCGCAGCCCGGAGGAGUGGUGCAGCAGGGCAUCGCGCAUGCAGGCGUUGUGCAGCAGAAACCUGUGACUCAGCAUCAAAUAGGUGGCAGCAGUCAGGUGUCCGGGAUGCCUGGUGCUCCCCACGGCAUGGUGUCUGGGGUGCAGAGUGUGCCUGUUGCCGUGCCUGGUACUAGUGUGCCUAGUGUGCCCACCACUUCUGUUACUAUGCCAAAUGUCCCCGCUGCUGCGGCGCCGUCGCAGCUGAGCGGCCACGUGAGCAGGAGCUCCGGCGCUGUCCCGCCGCAGCAUGGGGGGCACUCGCUGCUGCAGGGUGCGCCCGGCGGAGCCGCCGUGCUGCCGCACUCGAGCCUCGGACAGUUCCAGACUCCAGCUCCAUCCUUAGUGGGCCAGAUCGACGAUACCAGAAGAAAGUCRGAACCCCUACCUCAGCCACCGCUUGCUGUUAUAGCUGAAAAUAAGCCUCUUGUGAAGCCUCCUGCUCCAGACACUCUAACUAAUCCUCUUCAGUUACCUACAAGUACUCCUAUGAACAGUCUUGCCAGCUCUGUCUUUGGCAUAUCUAUUCCUGUUGAUGGUGAUGAAGACAGGAAUCCGUCAACCGCAUUCUACCAAGCGUUCCAUUUCAACAAGUUGCGUGAGUCAAAGACCUUCUGGGAUAGUGCAUCUGGUGCAAGUGUUGUUGCUAUUGACAACAAAAUAGAGCAGGCAAUGGAUCUAGUAAAAAGCCAUUUGAUGUAUGCGGUAAGAGAAGAAGUGGAAGUCCUGAAGGAACAAAUAAAAGAAUUGGUUGAAAGAAACUCUUUACUUGAACGAGAAAAUGCACUGUUGAAAUCCCUUUCCAACAGCGACCAGCUGUCCCAGCUCUCAGCCCAACAGGCCAAUCCCAGUAGCACUUCCCAAGGCCCGGCCGUGCUGGCGCAGCCCGCGCAGCCGCCGCAGCAGCCGAAUGUCUCCUCAGCAUAAAGCUUUCUUGCCUCAUGUAAAAACAAAGCAACAACCGACCUGAGAGCAGUCUGUCCUUGUGUGCCACUGGUGUCCUUCCCACCCCGUGCGAGCGCGCGUAGCUUCUGUCGUGUGUCUGGCCUUGUCAGUAUUAGACAAUCAUCCCGGAGCGCUUCCCGCGGCGGCGCAGGGCGGCGGGCGCCCGCUGUGUCCCACCACCAGUAACAAUUCACCCGCAGAGCCACUCUUCUUUCCCGAUAAGAAACAUUUGCCUACAUUAGUUUCAUUUAUUUGUUUUAUUUAUUACAGGGCUGCUAUUUUCAUAAUGUACAUGAACAAUGUCACAGAACUUUUUUAAUUUUUUUAAUAAAUGUAUGUAUCAGUAAAAUGAUAGACGGGAUUGCGUUUAAUAGAUAAAAUGUUUAGGCAAUAAUUGAACAAAAGAAUCCUGGCAUAUUUCUAACACUAAUGGCAAUUUACCUUUGGUAUUUAUUUACGGUAGUAAAGAUCCAGCUUGAAUGUAAAUUUUGUAUAGAGUGUAAGUAUGAAGACCAUAGUGCAUCUGUACAGGUAGUCACCAGUUAUUGUGAUAUAAUAAAUAAUUGAUGGGCUAUUUUGAUGAAGAAAACUUUGCUCAUUUCUGUUUCUACUUUCUAAUAGAGAGAAAUUGCCAUGAUUCCUCUGCUUUUUGACAUUUCGUAUAACUUUUUUUUUCUUUUUUUUUUUUUUUGGGUGGGAAUAAAAAGCUGUGAAAUUGUUCAACCUACUUUGUAACCAAAGAAGCAAAGCUGUGUAAUUGAGUUCUUUUUUUUUAUUUUAUAAUGCACAUUCUUUAUGUAUUUUUGUUUAGUGUUUUCUCAUUCACAACUUUCUUUGCUGUCUAGCAUGAUCUGCAUGACCUAUAAUCUUUGAACCACUUUCGUACCUCAUGUUUUUAUCCAGCACUCUUAUUGUAAUAUGUAAUAGUCUGUGAACAAUGUCAAAUAAAAAAGAAAGAACAGCUGGUGUUGGUGGAGUUGAGCUAGUGUGCUAUGCACUAGUUGUUUAAAAAAAUGAAGUGAGCCAUC